UCGGAACAGGAGCAUUAUGGGAAAUGUAGUUUUCAGCGUCAUCCUUUGACAGGCGGCUGUUUGUUUCUGUCAGGAUUUCUUCACUUCUUUCUUCGUUAUGUCGCGAUAUGGGCGACACGGAGGCGAAACGAAGUUGUACGUGGGUAACCUGGGCACCGGGGCAGGGAAGGGUGAGCUGGAGCGGGCGUUCGGUUAUUACGGGCCGCUGAGGACGGUGUGGAUCGCUCGCAACCCGCCGGGAUUCGCCUUCGUGGAGUUUGAAGAUCCCAGAGACGCUGAGGACGCCGUCAGGGGCCUCGAUGCCAAGGUGAUCUGCGGCUCUCGCGUGCGCGUCGAACUCUCCACCGGAAUGCCGCGGCGUUCCCGCUUUGACCGUCCACCGACCCGGCGUCCCUUCGACCCCAGCGACCGCUGCUACGAGUGCGGCGAGAAGGGCCACUACGCUUACGACUGCCACCGCUACGGCCGGCGGCGCUGGAGCAGGUCCAGGUCCCGCUCCCGCUCUCGCUCCCGAUCUGGCUCGGCUCCCAGGAGCAGGUCUGGAUCAGUCAGGAGAUCCAAGUCUGGCUCUCUGGCUAGGAGUCAGAGUCCCGCAGGGAGUGAGAGUCCAGAGCGAGAUGACUGACGCCCCUGCUGUUCUUCUCCAAGCACCUCAGUUUGUUACCAGACGUUUACUGCAGAACAUUUAAAGUAAUAAUUCAAAAUGCAGGUUUGAUUGUAAGGAAGCUCUAAUGAGGAGUGGAAUAUUUUGAGUUGAUUUCUCUGAAGCUGAAGAGAGAGUUGGUGUGAUUUUGUACCUUUUUUUUUGUUGCACACACACACACACACACACACACAUUGGUUGGGGUUUUGUGUGUGUGUAUUAAAUGAAGUGAAAAGGCUUUGCUGUCUGUGAGAUUUCUUCAUGCGCUGAUGAGGCUGUUCCAGCAGGUGGCGCUGUCGUUCAGCACACUGGUUUCCCAGAAUAGACCGCUUGCAACCCAUUCAGAGAUCUCUGCACCAAUGCAACCAAAACCUGAACACAGACACAUGGCAUCAAAACAGUAGAGUUGGUGUCUUCCUGUCGUCUGCUCUGUUUCUCAAGUGUCCUCGCGUGCGUGCGCUUCAGCAGAUGCUCUG